CAUAGAAUAAAAAAAUUAGGCGUCUUGUCUACUUUUCGAAAGAUCAGAUCAAAGUUCCAACUUCAAGCGGAGCACGCGGCAGUAUUCGCAAUCGCAGCGACUGUCGUGUUUCCUGCCUACCCGUACAGGAGAUAAAAUGGCUUCAAUCGUAGCUCCGGUAGCAGCUCUGAAGUCAUGUAAUGGCUUCCUGGAGAAAAAGAUGCCCUAUUUGAAACUCAGCGACAAAAGUCAGCCGGUGAGAGCAAUGGGGAUGGCUAAAUACAAGUACAAAUACAAAGGAACGCAGAUGAGAGAGAAGCAUCUGACGGAAAUGAUUGAGAAGAAGGUGAUGGAAGCAAAGGAGGUGUGCGAGGGGGACGAGACCUCAGAUGAGUGCAAGGUGGCGUGGGACCUGGUGGAGGAGCUCAGCCAAGCCAAAGCCCAUUUCCUACACAAACUUCAGAACCAAGAUCCACUAGAGUACUUCUGUCGAGACAAUCCCGACCUUGACGAGUGUCAAAUUUACCAGGAAUGAUCCCAAUGUAUGCGUCUUGUGUAUCAAUAAAAAUAAAACUCCAAUGAAUUUUCUUUCAAAUCAA